CUCUCUCGAGUCUCCGUUCUGCUCUACUCCUCCUGUAAAGAUGCUGCUGCUGCGGAAAGUUCGAGAUCAGGUCAAGAAACAUCCAGGACUGAUCCCGCAGUUCUUCUUCAUCUGUCUGGGCAUGGGUGGAGCGUUCACCUAUUUAUUUCGUCUGGCCAGAGGACCUCAUGUCGUCUGGAACAAGAGCACAAACCCUGAACCCUGGAACCAGCUCAGUCCCAGCUACCAGUACAAGUUUUUGGCCGUUAACACUGACUACAAAAACCUGAAGAAGGAAGGACCAGAUUUCUGAAGACAUGAUGAUGAUCCCUGACUCAGCGUUUGUCAUGAAGAUGUGGUCAGAAAUAGAGUGACAUUAGAGUGAGG